AUGAUUGCAUUCUUAUUUGUGAUAUUUGUUGGAUGUUUGUUAUCUAAUGUACAGGCUUUAAAUAAUGGAUUGGCUCUUAAACCUCCCAUGGGAUGGAUGUCAUGGGGCUACUAUAUGUGUGGUGUAAACUGUAAAAAUAAAACUCAAAAAUGUCUUGAUGAAAAAUUAAUUUUAUCAAUAGCAGACAAGUUCUACAAUGAUGGUUACCAAGAAGCAGGUUUUGAAUACAUUAUAAUAGAUGAUUGCUGGUCUGAAAAGAAAAGAGAUAAAAAUGGCCGCCUUGUGGCUGAUAGAGAAAGAUUUCCACAUGGCAUGAAGUACAUUGCUGACUAUAUUCAUAAAUUAGGUUUGAAAUUUGGUAUGUAUACUAAUAUAUCAGAUGUAACAUGUAUGGGCUAUCCAGGAUCACGGGGUUAUUUUGAUAUAGACACUAAAACUCUUGCUGAGUGGGACAUAGAUUAUUUGAAAGUAGAUGGUUGUUUUGUUGCAGAAGAUUAUCUUAAUACAGCUUACAUAAAGCUAGAAGCACACUUAAAUGCCACAAACAGACCCAUAGUAUACUCUUGUAGCUGGCCUUAUUACAUAGAAUUUAUACACCAUAAAAAGCCAGACUAUAGUGUAAUAUCGAGGCACUGUAACAUGUGGCGCAAUUAUCACGACGUGGUCACAUCGUGGCCUGCCAUCAAGGCCAUUAUACAACAUUACCAAGCCAGAUACGAUGAGUUUUAUUACCAUCAUGGACCGGGGAAAUGGAAUGACCCCGAUAUGUUAAUUUUCGGCACACAAUCAUUAACAGAGAACCAAAGUCGCGUUCAUAUAGCAGUGUACGCGAUGCUAUCUGCGCCAUUAUUACUGUCCUGUGAUAUGAAUAAAAUAACGCAAUAUGAAAAACAACUUUUGCUCAAUUUAGAUUUAAUAUCAAUUGCUCAAGAUGCUUUGGGGAUCAUGGCCAAGCCAUAUAUAUUACAAAACCAUGUAACAUUAUGGGUGAAACCACAUUUACCAAGAAAAGGAGAUAAAUAUCAUUCUAUCUCUUUCGCACUUGUGAAUUUGGAUAAAGAAGGGCAUUCUAUCUCUUUCACACCUGGUUUAUAUGGAUUGAAUUGUACUGAUUAUACUAUUAUGGACAUAUUUAGUCAAAUGCUUAUAAAAAAUAUAUCAUCUAGUGACAGUCUAACGGUUAGAAUACCGGCUGAAGAUGUGAUAUUAUACACGCUGUUUCCAUUA